GUUGGAAGUAAAUUGUAAACAGAAUUCAUUUAAAUUAACAAAAACAGAAACCCCGGCCUGUACUCGCUGCAGGAGUAGUGGGGCGCUAGAAGAUGCUAGCAUUACACCAAAAGACUUGCAUAAAGAGACAAACAGAUUGCGAUAGGCGUAUUUUAAGAAGAGGCAGAUAGUUAUGUGGCAGUAAUAGCUUUCCGUAGAUAAUCGAGAAUGGGUGGACAACGAGCUAAAUUAAAUUUUAUUGAAUUCAUUUUAACCUCCAACCUCAUCCCUUUGAUUUAGUGGUGAUGAGAUCGCAUGGCAAUCGAAUGUCAGUGGUGUGUCUUCCGAAGGCGCACAUGUCGCUCGCUCUCUCCUUUUCUACCCCUCGCUAUCGUUUUCUCGACAAAAGAAUAAUUUAUAGGCAGAAAAUUAAUUUAGUUAUGUUCUUCUUCGUAGUAGCUCUUAUCAGAAUCGGUAAUGAAAGGUAUAGAAAGAUUACUGGUGUAACACCUAACAAACAUACGACCAAUCUACACUAUGAUAGAUACACCAAAAAUGCCCCCAGAGCCAAGGAAAGUGAAUAUUCGGGGUACGUAGUCCUACCUAGAUCAUGGGCGAGAGGGGAGUGCGUUAGGAAAUCCAGUCCCUUCCCUGAUCGUCGUGGCAAAGUGAUAACCGCGUAAGAUAUUUAAUCAAACUGUUUAAUCGAAGGAACAGAGAUGGAAAGGAGAUUAGAUGAACGUACAUCACAAAUCACGCCACUGCUCAAAGUAUAGUUUUUCGCUUCCAAAAAGAAGAGCUCGUGGAAUGAUUUUCUUAUAUUUGUUGCUUUAUCGACGAAGCACAAAGUUAAGUGACGAAGUUUUUAUCGUUCAGCUCAACCUUUGGUCAUCAUCAAUCGUAUUACGCACAAGGAUCGAAAUUAGGUUUCGAAUACAUUCUAUAUGUUGUCAGACAAAUUUUGCAAGUCAGAAAGGGCGUUAUUUAAACUUGUUCGUCCUUUCCCUGCCUCUCUUUACAUCGCUUUCUGAAUGGGCCGAGUUUGUACUCAGGAAGGGGUUAGAUGAGUUUUAUUGCUCCCUUUUUUUAUAUUUCACAUACUACUUUGCAAGGAAACACAGCAACCUUCUACGUUGAGCUUCUUUCUCCUGUAGCACACAUCUAAAUAUGAUAGAAAAUUGUUAGAUAAUAUAAAAUAUGGCUUUUAAAGGCAGGCCCAGAAAGAUGAGAAGCGACAAAGAGAGGAAGAGAGAGAAUGACAGAAAAAGGCGCUAGCGACGGGCUCAACGUAUCCGAAUCGAUCGGUAGUAAGCAUGUAAUGGCAAAAUCUUAACCAAAAAUGAUCCCCGAUAACUUAUUAGUGCCAGUGCAGCACACAGCCACAUACUCAAAAAGACAUAAACUAUAAUCACACAAUUUAUGGUGCAACGUGUUUUGGGAAAUGCAAUAUCAUUUACUUUAAAAGCAAAAAAGGCAAAGCAUAAACUAUAUAUACAUAUAUCAACUUCAAUCACUAAGUUCAACGCUCGGCGACAAAUCAGGACUUUCGAAGUCCUAUGAUGAGACGAAUGAGAGAUGAAAGCGAUAGCGAGCGUCUGGGGAUAUAGAAAAAGCAUUUUGAACAGCAACGGAGGAUGGGGUUUGUGUCAGAGAUUGAAGUAAUGGUGAGGUUUGAUCGGUUUUAAAAGAGGGAAAAGAUAGGCUAGGUAACGGAGUGUGGCCUCCCUAUCAUUUACACCUUAUCAAAGAAUGGUUGUUGCGUGUGAAGUUUGAAGAAAAAGAUUAUAUAUAUAAAUCUAUAUAUAUACGAGAAACUGAUGUUGAAUGAAGAAUAAAAGACAAAACAUAUACGAGUGUUGUAGUCAC